AUGCUUUGCUACGACAUCGAUGAUGAGACGCUCCACCUGGUCCUCCAGAUGCACAUGGAGGACCUGGAAGAACUCAAACAGAAUAGCAAGGGCAAACACCGAGAGGACGAGCUCCCAGACGCCGACUUCGCCAUCGAUAUGUACCGCUCUGAGAUCGAGUCCCGCGCCCUCUUUGCCUCGGACAGGUCCAUGUGCAAGAGCAUAGCCCAAGCAAACCGCCGCGACGGGCAACUCGUCAGCGCCAUCGUCGAAGAGGAGCAGCAAGCCGCGAACGACAGAGCCUUCGCUGUCUGGCUGAGCCGCGAGGAUCCCUUUUUCCAAGAAAACGAAGACGUGACUCCCUCGCCUCCUCCGAGACAGCCGCCUCCUGCUCCUCCUCCUGGUCCUCCCCCGGCGGCUGGAGGCCAGUACAAUCCCUCAUCCAACGAUGCGUUUCUCCGGAAACUUCAAAUCAUGUACAUGGAUACAGGCGCGGGAGACGAGGACGAAGACGUCAACAUGCUGAACCAGCCGGAGUCUUCCUCCUGGGGAGGAUCUCGCCCGCGAUCCAAAUCGAGAUCCCACGCCGUCAGCAGGGGGAAGAGGAGGUGCAACAGCUGUCUCAACGACCUCGACUUCACCGACGUCGCCCGCUGCCCCUGCAACCACGAAUACUGCCGCGACUGUCUCCGGACGCUCUUCGAGACGGCCAUCACCGACGAGGCCCUCUUCCCUCCCCGAUGCUGCGGCCAGCACAUACCCGUCGAGGAAAACCGCGUGUUUCUCUCCCCGGAGCUCAUCGGCCGCUUCCGCGCCAGGGAGCUCGAGCUGUCGACGCAGGACAAGACGUAUUGUCAUGGGCCAACGUGCUCGCAAUUCAUACCGAAGGAGUUCAUCAAGGAUAGCAUCGCCACGUGUCAGCGGUGUCGGCGCAGGACUUGUACCACGUGCAAAGGCGUGGAGCACAGGAACGAGGACUGCCCGGAGGACGAGUCAACCCAGAGUGUUCUGCAAGUAGCCGACGAGAAUCAGUGGCAGCAGUGUCGUCAAUGCAACCGUCUGGUCGAGUUGGCUCAUGGGUGCUAUCACAUCACGCCAGAUGGAAGACAUGCUCUUGCCCGCAGUGGGAAGAGAACCGACUCAUUGCUCGCGCCAACGCCAUCGUCCACCGAGACCCCAACGCCCCGAACCUGA